GGAUAAGCUAGCGGUGGUGGUGCUGCUGUUGGUGGUAUCGGCUUUCUAUUCGGCGUUUUGCGUAACGCUGUGGGACGACGAACCCGCCCAAAAUGUAUUUUUAUCUGCGUUUCGCCCAACUAUUCCUGAUCUCGGUGAUUCUGUGCAUCGGUCUGUGCUCCGAGGACGAGGAGAGACUGGUACGAGACCUGUUCCGAGGGUACAAUAAACUCAUUCGACCCGUGCAGAACAUGACGGAAAAGGUGCACGUGAGAUUUGGUCUCGCCUUCGUGCAGUUGAUCAACGUGAAUGAGAAGAACCAGAUUAUGAAGUCGAACGUAUGGCUGAGAUUCGUGUGGAUGGACUAUCAGUUGCAGUGGGACGAGGCGGAUUAUGGCGGGAUCGGUGUCCUCAGGUUACCGCCCGACAAAGUGUGGAAACCGGAUAUAGUACUGUUCAAUAAUGCCGAUGGCAAUUACGAGGUCCGUUACAAAAGUAACGUGCUAAUAUACCCAAACGGUGAGGUCCUCUGGGUGCCGCCAGCGAUCUAUCAGAGCUCAUGCACGAUCGACGUCACGUACUUCCCGUUCGACCAGCAGACAUGCAUCAUGAAGUUCGGUUCAUGGACUUUCAACGGUGAUCAAGUCUCCCUCGCGCUCUACAACGACAAGAAUUUCGUCGAUCUGUCUGAUUACUGGAAGAGUGGCACGUGGGACAUCAUCAGCGUGCCGGCGUAUCUCAAUACCUAUGUGGGUGAUUUUCCCACGGAGACCGACAUUACUUUCUACAUAAUUAUCCGCAGGAAGACCCUCUUCUAUACAGUAAACUUGAUACUACCGACGGUUCUAAUCUCCUUCCUCUGCGUGCUUGUCUUCUAUCUGCCGGCAGAGGCCGGCGAGAAGGUUACUUUGGGCAUCAGUAUUCUCCUAUCUUUAGUUGUGUUCCUUUUGCUGGUCAGUAAGAUCCUACCACCGACUUCCCUGGUGUUGCCGCUCAUAGCCAAAUAUCUGCUCUUCACCUUUAUUAUGAAUACCGUCAGUAUCUUGGUGACUGUCAUUAUCAUCAACUGGAACUUCCGUGGGCCGAGAACCCAUAGGAUGCCGCAACUUAUACGCAAGAUCUUCCUCAAGUAUCUACCGAGAAUUCUGGUGAUGAAACGGCCAAAGAAGACACGACUAAGAUGGAUGAUGGAGAUACCGAACGUGACACUGCCAGCUUCCACGUACUCGGGAAGUCCGACAGAGGUACCAAAGCUACCGGCGAAGAAAAUGGAGGUAAUGGAGCUGUCAGAUCUGCAUCAUCCCAAUUGCAAGAUUAAUCGCAAGGUGCAACAUACUACGAGCAGCUCGAGUGGCGCUGGGGGCGGUGAAGGCAUGGGCGACAGGAGAGGGUCCGAGAGUUCGGACUCGGUGCUGCUUAACCCGGAAGCCAGCAAGGCUACCGAAGCUGUGGAGUUCAUAGCGGAACAUCUCAGGAACGAAGACUUGUACAUACAGACGAGAGAAGACUGGAAGUAUGUCGCGAUGGUGAUCGAUCGACUGCAACUUUAUAUCUUCUUUGUAGUCACCACCGCUGGCACCAUCGGAAUCCUCAUGGACGCCCCUCACAUUUUCGAGUAUGUGGACCAGGAUCGUAUCAUAGAGAUCUAUCGUGGAAAAUAAUCCGUCUCGCUGCGGCGAGUUGCUGUUAUAAGUAAUGUGCCAUCGUCGAGACCGUUCUCAUUUCAUCUCUCUUUCGAGAUCGAUUUGUACGUAACAUCGUCGUGCGAGCGAUCUUGUCGUUUCAAUCACGAACGUUUAACCUUUGAAGGACCGGAAGCCGAUAUAUCGGCAUGACGGCGGUGUCAGCUUUUUCCCAAUUCAAUCCAAUGACAUUGACAAAAAAGUUAUAGCUCUUAAAAUAAAAAAGUCGGUAAAAAAAUAGCCGGUCUUCAGAAGGUUAACGUUCCGUUCGAUAGCAUUUUUUUACCAAGCGGGUCUUUUUACGAACUUCCAUGCUAAGUAUAUAGAUAUUUUUGACGGAUGUUUCCACUUUGUCUCCUACCGUUAUCUGCACCAUUUCACGGUUCUUCCUUCCGAAAAGCUGAAUCCGCCGACGGAACUCGACGCGAUCGCGAAAUGGCAUAUAUUAUGUAGAUAGUGACGAUUCUACUAGUAUUAAUGACUGCCUUUGCGACUGUUGUCUUCCCCGUUGCCAUUAACUUCCGAUUACUCCAUCGCUUAAACGAGAGAUCCACGAAACAACCUUCAGACGCUUCUCAUCUUUGGUUUUGUCGGAGGAAUUAGUAUUUCUCCCAACGCGAAACGCGGAUUAUUUUAAUGUAAUAUCUCCCAAAAAUCACAAACUUUGCUAAUUAGAAAAUCCCCGAGUAUUUAAAGUCUCAAUAUAAUUGGACGUUGGAUAAAUUCUCGUUCAAAAGUACCAAAUUCAAUUUAUUUGCGGAAUAUUAUUUCCUAUCAAUGUAGGUUUUGAUGAGAUAGCUUGUGCAUCAAUUCUAUGGAUAUAUCUCCCCCAAGCGUAGUUAACAUGCUUAAUGUUAAACGAUGAAGUCCAUGAUUAGUAUUAUAUAUGUAUAGUAGGAGUACGGAAUUAAGGUCAACGGAGCUUAGGCGAGACGAUUGUAAUAUAGUAACAAUGAUGGUACGCACAAACUCACGUAGGCAGCCAUAUUGAUAUUAUAUUGAUUAGCAAAUAAUUCCAUAGACCGGUAAACUAGGCGAGCAUAAUGACAAGCACGUUAUCGAUCCUGGACUUAUACAGAAUGCUUCAUGUUUAACAUUAAAAAUCUCGUCCCUGCAAGACACCACAUAUUAUUUUCAAAAGAAUAAUCUCGUCGCAAUUUGUCAGCGCGUUUAUCGUCGGCCGCGGUCUUCCGUCGGUCCGUGAGAUCAAGUUGUCGAGUACGUUUAAUAUAUGUGAGCGAACGAAAACAGACAAUUGAAACAUUGUAUAACGCAAAGCGAGAAAGCGUCUCCUCGUUUCACCAUUCGAUCGCAGUUUCAGUGAUCAAUCUCGAUCAGUAUCGAUCAAAUUCACGAUAUCAAAAUUAUCGAUUCUUCCCGCGUAAGGUAAAGGCGAAAUGUUCCGUACGCGAAUGCAUGGAUGGACACAAAAUUAACGGCUUAGAAUAUUUGAAAUAAUUUUGAUAAUAAUCUUGCGAAAAUUGUCGUGUGCUACAUUGUAAAUCCAGUUGUGCCCGUUGAUACUCAUCGCUGUAGUGAGUGCCGAUAAAAUCGCGACAACCUCGGCACACCCACCGGACAAUCCCACCGAGGAACUCAUAGCAAAUAAAUUUUACGAAAAAUAUAAAUUAUAUUAAUGUAUUCCUUGCAAAAAUGGAUUCCGCUUGUAUCUGUGCGAUCACGAUUGGCGUUGGGAGGUCGACGCGAUUCAAGGUAUUGGUUCGUCGUCGAGUGUGAUCGCGAGUUUCUCUCGGCAGAAGAGGAAACGUUCGCAUCGAUCGAAUUGCUUGCGUUUCUUUUUCUUGCAAACGGUUUUGCAUGAUACUUGCACGCAUUUUGAUUCGGUCGACCUUUCCAGCCUCAAGUGACAAAGAUACGGCUCAUACGUAAAUGUAGUUGACACAAAGCUAUAUUACCGUGCGUUAGUUACCGAUGACGCAAUAUGUGUCUUCCUCUCGAGAAGUAGAGAGAAUUAAUAUUUGUGGAAACACCAGCAACACGCUCGCUUCGUUUCGUUUCGAAUCCCUCGCGUCGAUAAACUUCACGAAGUAAUACUAUUUAUUCGCAGUCGUGAAACACUAAGACGGUCUCACGCGAAUGAUAACAACAAAUAAGCAUAUAAUCAUAAAAAAGACCAUAGGCUUCAGGCGGUGUAUAUGUGUGUCCUUUAUCUAUCGCGGCAAAGUAGACAAUCGUGUACGACGGAUACAUGUGUUAGAUUUUAUUUCGCGCGCGAAACGGAAGAGAAGUACAGAUAUUGUUGAGCCGUAAAGUUUACACUUUACUAUGCAUGAUAAAUAAUACGGCGACUAUGUUCGUGCAUUACUGCGUUUGUUGGUAGGUGAGAAAAAAGAAGAAAAGAAAGGAAUUUAACGUAAGGUAACUAAGGUAGUCCUUUUUACGAUGUAAAUCUUCAUCCUUUGUAUAAUCGUAAAUCAAUAAAGCUCAUCGAAUUUCA